GCAGGCGAAAGCUCCAUGCAGUUCAGCACCAGACCGCCUAGUGCUGAGCAGCCGGGCUUCAUGGGGACAUGGCAGCAGCAGAGCACUGACAGCAACCUCCUCUACAGAAUGUCCCAGCAGGCCAUUCGCUGCACACUGGUGAACUGCACGUGUGAGUGUUUCCAGCCCGGCAAGAUUCACUUACGGACAUGUGACCAGUGCAAACAUGGCUGGGUAGCUCACGCUCUGGACAAGCUCAGCACCCAGCACCUCUACCACCCGACCCAGGUGGAGAUCGUUCAGUCCAACGUGGUGUUCGACAUCAGCAGCCUGAUGCUAUACGGCACCCAGGCCGUGCCCGUCCGGCUCAAGAUCCUCCUCGACCGCCUCUUCUCCGUGCUCAAGCAGGAGGAGGUGCUGCACAUCCUGCACGGCCUGGGCUGGACCCUCCGAGACUACGUCAGGGGCUACAUCCUCCAGGAUACUGCAGGCAAGGUGAUAGACCGCUGGUCCAUCAUGUCCCGAGAAGAAGAGAUCAUCACCCUGCAGCAGUUCCUACGCUUUGGUGAGACCAAAUCCAUUGUGGAGCUGAUGGCCAUUCAGGAGAAGGAAGGUCAGGCCGUUACAGUUCCCUCCUCCAAGACAGACUCCGGUAUUAGGACAUUCAUUGAAAGCAACAGCAGGACCCGCAGCCCUGGACUCCUGACGCAUCUGGAAACCAGCAGCCCGUCGAGCAUUCACCAUUUCGAGAAUAUCCCCAACAGCCUAGCCUUCCUCCUGCCCUUCCAAUACAUUAACCCAGUCUCUGCUCCGAUGCUUGGUUUACCGCCAAAUGGCCUGCCGAUGGAACAGUCCGCCCUGCGGCUCAGGGAGCCCAGCCUCCCAAACCAAGUUGAACAGGUGGAGACCAGUGACUCAGAAGUGUCCCUGUCACCCUUCCGCUCAGGCCAGAGCCCAAGCCGUGGAGCCAUUAACAACAACAUUGAACCCAAGACAGAGCCCAACAACAGGGCAUCACCCAUCUCGCCAACCCCUUCCACCCAUCAAGCUCAACAACAGACACAGCUCCAACAGGGUCAACAGCAGUCCCAAAAUCAAUCUCAGCAGUCCAAUAGCUUGAGUGACCAUCAGGUCCACCACCACUUUGUAAAGGACGAGCAGUCUAAAACCAUCACCCAUUCUUCUUUUUCUUCAAAGAUGCAUCGCAUGCGGCGCAUGGGAUCCACCUCACGCAAGGGUCGUGUGUGCUGCAAUUCUUGUGGCAAAACCUUUUAUGACAAAGGUACCCUUAAGAUACAUUAUAACGCUGUACACUUGAAGAUUAAACACCGUUGCACCAUUGAGGGAUGUAAUAUGGUCUUCAGCUCACUUCGCAGCCGUAAUCGUCACAGUGCCAAUCCCAACCCGAGGCUACACAUGCCAAUGCUGCGCAAUAACCGUGACAAGGACCUCAUCCGUUCCAAUUCAGCCCCUGGUACACCUGUCAUCUCAAGCACCAAGAAUGGUGGCUACACACUCACCAGCCCUGGAAGGCCACCACUGGGCUUCACUACCCCACCAGUAGACCCUAUGCUUCAGUCACCUCUGCAAAGUCCACUGGUGUUCCCCUCGUUGAAGUCAGUUCAUCCAGUCCAGCCAGUGCCCCCAUUCUACCGUACACUGUUGUCCCCUGCAGACCUUGUCAGCCCACCAGUGUCACUGCCCACAAGCCCCAUCCUGCCCACUGCCACUAAUAGUACCAGCCUGAUGGACCAGCACAUCCUGGCUGCAGCUGUGGCUUCACAUAAUAAUGUUCAUAUGUCAGAGGCAGGACCCAUGUCCCACCGCUUGCCUACACCUAGUUCCCAUAAUGACCUCACCAGUGGCAUCAGUGACCCCACACCCAAAAAGAAGCCUCGUAAAUCUAGCAUGCCAGUAAAGAUUGAGAAGGAGGUGAUUGAUGUGGCGGAUGAAUACGAUGACAAAGAUGAUGAUGAUGAAGAUAUCAUUCACCGAAAUCACCAUCAUCACCAGUCAUCACUUCUUCACAACAACAUCAAAAUCAAUGGAAAUUGUAAAAGCCACAACAGUGGUAAUGGAAAUCACAGUGGUGGUAGUGGGCAGCAAUCCCCUUCUCAGGAUGAGAUGAGCCCUGGGUUAGCUCUGAGAGGCAUGAUGAGACAGAGUGAAGAUGAAUGCCGGGAAAGGACUCGUAGUGACAGUAGGGGAGGCAAUGAUCUGCGAAACUCUGGUGAAUUACGUUGCAUGGACAGCUUCACCUCUGAAGACCAGGACCAUGAGAGAGACUUUGAGAACGAAUCUGAAAACUCUGAUUCCAAGAUGUUCUACCGGGAUGAGCUCAUGGAUGUGGAUGAACAUCCAAAACACAGCAGGGUUGGAAGAGGUCUGGACAAGGAACAGGAUGAUGAGGGAAAUGAGGAAGCCCAUUUGCGAAAGGAAAUGGAAGGCAAGGGCCAUUCCUCACCCUCUCCUCAUCACCACCCUAUGAAGAUCAAGGAAGAACUGAAUGAUCCGACCUAUGACAUGUUCUGCAUGGGCCAGUAUGGCAUCUACAACGGAGGCAUGGCAGCGGCUGCUGCCGCGGCGGCGAGCAUGGCUGCCCUGCAUGAGAGCUUCAUCUCUUCGAUGGGCUAUGGUGCCAGUCCACCCAAAUUCCUUUCUUCUCAAUCACCGGAGGGAGAUCCAUGCUCAAGUCCUGACCCCAAGAUCUGCUAUGUGUGUAAGAAGACUUUCAAGAGCUCCUACAGCAUGAAACUGCACUACAAGAAUGUGCACCUCAAAGAGAUGCAUGUGUGCACUGUGUCCGGAUGCAACGCCGCUUUCCCUUCCCGGCGGAGCCGAGACAGGCACAGCUCCAACAUCAACCUGCACCGCAAACUGCUGACCAAAGAGCUGGACGACAUUGUCCUGGACCCCCAACUCACGCCACUGCCCAAGGACCUGCGAGCUGAGAUACUGGCUAAGAUCUACGCCGGGCACCACAUGGGCUUGGACCCUAUGGCUGGGAUGGGCAUCGGCGGCGCCAGCCUUGGACACACCGGCCUGAACCACGAUGCCCGUUCCCCCAUGAGCAAUGAGUAUUUCCACCACCCUCUCAGCCACAACCUCAAAAAUCACCACACCAACGGCUUCUCCCAGGGCCAGCCAGACGACUACAUGGUGCUGGACCUGAGCACCACGUCCAGUGUUCAAUCCAGCAGCAGCGUCCACUCCUCACACGAGUCAGAUGAGGGAAGCGAUGAAGGCAUUCUUCUGGAUGACCUGGAGGAGGAGGAUGGAGAAGAGGAUGAGGAGGAGGGUAACAGCGAGGGAGAGGACUGCUCCCAGCGUGCCGAGAGCCGAGCUGACAGAGGGCAGCGGGAGGAGACUGGAGAACUCAGAGGAGAAGGACAUGGUGAGGGGUUGGAACAUCCCUCCUCCUCACCAUUCCUCCUUUCGUCCACCGGGGGCAGUAACAGUGGCGGCAGCGGGAUCCUCUGCAACAUCUGCCACAAAAUGUACAGCAACAAAGGGACCCUGCGCGUGCACUACAAGACUGUGCACCUGCGAGAGAUGCACAAGUGCAAAAUCCCCGGCUGCAACAUGGUGUUCAGCUCGGUGCGCAGCCGCAACCGACACUCUCAGAACCCCAACCUCCAUAAAAACAUGCCCUUCUCUACAAUAAUAGACUAA